AUGACUCGCGUAGUUGUAAGUCUGAUAUUAUUAUCCUCUAUUUCUACAUUGGUCAACUCUGACACGGUCACAGUCGAGAGCAAAUCAGGCCGAAUCGUGGGUGACGAAGUCCAUUUUAGUCAUAAAGAUGUAGAUAUCAAAAAUACGGUCAACGUAUUUAAGGGGAUCCCUUACGCCGUGCCGCCCGUUGGUAAGCUGAGAUUCAAACCACCCCUACCGGUGAUACCGUGGACUGGUGAUUACAAUGCCACGUACCUACGACCCGCAUGUAUACAAGCGGAGAGCACCAUGAUACCACUGAAUGAGCCAACAGAUGAAGACUGUUUACAUCUCAAUAUAUACGCACCCAAAUCAGCAAAUAAGGCAGCCGUUAUGGUAUGGAUUCAUGGUGGUGGGUUCGUUCUUGGUUCCGGAUCAAAUGUCUACUACGACGGCUUUCCAUUGGCUGCCAUUAAUGACGUAAUUGUGGUGGGUAUUAACUACCGAUUAGGUGUACUGGGUUUUCUCAGCACUGGUGAUGACGUAAUUUCUGGUAAUUAUGGUUUAAUGGAUCAAUUAGAGGCUUUGAAGUGGAUUAAAGCUAAUAUAGAAUACUUUGGAGGGGAUCCUGACAGAAUAACCAUAUUUGGAGAGAGUGCAGGGUCUAUUAGUGUUAAUUUGCAUAUAUUUUCACCUAUGAGCAAAGGUUUAUUUAAAAGAGCAAUAAUGCAGAGUGGUGUCUCAGCGGCAGCCUUCACAUACAAUAAUGAUAAAGAAAUGAUUACUAAGCUAGCACAUGGUGUAGGAGAACUUGUUGGUUGCAAGAGCGACACGUCAGAUGCCCUACUACAGUGCCUCCGUGACGUCACACCAGCUGAUCGAUUUCUUGAUGUCCAGGACCUGACUACGGGUCGACUGGAAAAGGUUACUGGUUUAAAAGGUCUAUAUUUUCCAUUUCUACCGUGCAUAGAUGGGCAUUUCGUCACUGAUGACCCAGUCGAAAUGAUAAACGAUGAAAGAAUCAUUGCAAUAGAUGCCAUGAUGGGAUCGAUGGCUAAUGAAAACAUCGUGUCUCUUUUAGCCGUCUAUCCCGAAGCGUCGAAUUGGAGCUCAGUAACUAUGAAUCGACAUGAAUUUGAGAAACACCUUCCUACAUUCUCUCCAGUUUCACUGUUGGCGAAAGGACCUUUGGUCGUUGAAGCAGUCAAACUUCUCUACACAGACUGGUACACCAUCGACACACCGAAAGAAAAUUACACCAGCGCAUUUGUUAGCAUAUUCUCAGACGAGGCAAUCGUUUGUCCAACUAAUACACUGGCCCACGCAAUGUCUAAAUCUGGAUCGAACGUAUACCUUUACCAAAUGUCUUAUAGUGCUUCAAGGUCGAUGUGGGGGUUUGACUGGACUAAGGCAGCACAUGGGGACGAUUUACAAUUUGUAUUUGGGUGGCACUUCCGCUCUCAAAAUGAUUGGCAGAUGAGCCCAGAAGAUGUCGACGUGUCAUUACAGAUGAUGAAGUACUGGACAAAUUUUGCGAAGACCGGUGAUCCAAACCAGGCGAACGAAUAUGUGACAUUGAUGUAUUCACCUGAAGAUUUUCGUUCACACUGGCCUACAUUUAAUACAAACGACGCCGAGUACAAAGACAUCACUCUUGAGAUGAAUAUUAACAGAAGCGCCCUCAAAGCCCAGGAAUGCGCUUUCUGGACUAAGUAUGUGCCUAAACUUGUCGAGUAUAUCAGAGAAAAUCCCGAUUGCAAAGAUGCCGAAGUCGACGCAAAAACGAAGUAUACAAAGAUGGAAAAUAUACCUUAA